AAGAGGCUGACAGGAAAAUGCAAUGUCUCUUCGGGUCAGGGCAGACACUGGUAUAAAUGUAUUUCAUCAGACAGCACUUUUACUGACUCGGCAAGAGCGCGUGCAUGGUUGUGUAUCAUCACUCACCUCUACAGGGACAGUAUGAGCGCUUCCGUGGCCGUGUACAGGAAUAUUUACACGGAGGACCGCUUCAAACAGGCCUACGGCUCCGAUGAUAGCGCGAGUGGAAGUUUGCGGCUGCGGGAGAAGCUCGCCGGGAGGUGCAUGUGCUCAAAGCGAGCGUGCCUCCACCUGUUGAAGGAGAGAAUCCCUAUUUUCAGCUGGCUGCCGAGAUACAGACUCAAGAAAUGGAUAUUAGGAGACACGAUAGCGGGACUUACUGUUGGCAUUCUUCACAUUCCUCAAGGGAUGGCUUUUGCUUUACUCACAUCUGUAGCUCCAAUAUUCGGCCUUUACACCUCCUUCUUCCCUGUGGUCCUUUACAUGUUUUUUGGCACAGGUCGACAUGUGUCAACAGGUACCUUUGCAGUGGUGAGUCUGAUGACUGGCUCUGUGGUGGAGCAGUUGGUUCCCACUCCUCUGGAGCUGAACUCCAGUUCCCCUGAAGCUGCAGAGUUUGAAGGCCAGAGGAUUGCAGUGGCCUCAGCUGUAGCACUUCUCUCAGGAAUUAUUAUGCUAUGUAUGUGUGGCCUUCAGCUGGGUUUCCUUUCCACUUAUCUGUCUGAGCCUAUUGUUAAAGCGUUCACCAGCGCUGCUGCAUUUCAUGUGACCAUCUCACAGCUGCAAAACAUGCUGGGGCUGCGGCUCCAACGAUACACUGGGACAUUCUCCCUCUUCAAGACUCUGGCAUCUGUGAUGGAGAAUCUCCCUGACACCAACAUGGCUGAGCUGCUCAUCUCCUUGGUUUGUUUGGCUGUCCUGGUGCCAGUGAAGGAGAUCAACAUGCGUUACCGGCAGCGCCUGCGGACACCUAUACCAGUGGAGAUCCUUACAGUGAUCAUUGCUACAUGUGUUGCUUAUGCCUCUUCACUGGACACCACUUAUGACAUUGAGAUAGUUGGCCACAUCCCAGCUGGAUUCCCCAGGCCACAGAUGCCCGCUUUGCACACUUUCCCUGACAUAGCAGGAGACACAAUAGCCAUCACGUUUGUUGGUUAUGCUGUGUCAGUCUCUCUGGCGAUGAUCUAUGCAGACAAACAUGGUUAUUCCAUACAUCCAAACCAGGAGCUCCUGGCUCACGGUGUCUCCAAUACAGUGUCAUCUUUCUUCACCUGCUUCCCCAGCUCAGCCACUUUAGCCACCACUAACAUACUGGAGAGCGCUGGUGGAUACACACAGCUGUCCGGCUUGUUCACCAGUCUGGUCGUUCUGAUCGUCCUGCUGCUGAUUGGACCGCUGUUCUACUUCCUUCCCAAGGCAGUGCUGGCAUGCAUCAAUGUGACCAGUCUGAGGCAGAUGUUCCUGCAGUUUCAGGAUUUACCCGAGCUGUGGAGAGUCAGCAAGAUGGACUUUAUGGUUUGGGUUGUCACCUGGCUCUCCGUAGUGAUCCUGAAUGUUGACCUAGGCCUCGCCAUCGGAGUGGUUUUCUCCAUGAUGACUGUCAUUUGCCGCACUCAGAGGGCUGGUUGUUCAGUUCUCGGUCGGGCCAGCAACACAGAAAUAUACAGACCCCUGGAGAACCACAGCAAGUGUUAUGAAGUGCCAGGAGUGAAGAUCCUGACUUACAACGGGCCAAUUUACUACGGCAACCGCAGCUUCUUCAGAGAGGAGAUGAGCAGGCUGCUGGGCCUGACGCCAGAGAAGAUACGCAGCCGAGAAAAAGCCAGGAAAGCCCUGGAGAAACGAGAAAGAGAGACCACCAUCAACACUGUGGAAAGAGGCGUUGCAAACACAUCAUUCUCCUCAGAAAAUGAGUUCUUUAAAUCAGAAACCUCCGAGAGCGAUGUUCAGGCAGUGUUACUUGACUGCAGCAGUGUAAUAUUUGUUGAUGUUGCUGGAGCAAGACUGUUUACACAGAUGUGCACUGAAUGCCAGAAGGCUGGAGUUCAUGUGUAUCUUGCAAACUGCAAUGAAAACGUCUUGAAGAUCCUGACAUCGAGCGGUCUAAUGAACUUCAUGAACCCUCAACACAUUUUCGUCACAGUCCAUGACGCAGUGAUGUAUAUUCAGCAGCAGAGGGAAAAAACACCAGAGAACAACACUACUGUGUGGGUAUGAGGCAGGAGGACAGGGAUGAGUCAUCAGUGCGAUGUCUGGGUCCAAAACAGGCAGGGGCAUCAGUGUGUUAUAUAACCUGACUCCUCGUCUCUCAACACUCCAGCUGUUGCUCCAAACCAGACAGUUUCCAAGAAGCAGUAGCCUGUUGUAGCACUAUAUCAUGCAUAACAUCAUGAUUACAUUAUAGUGUAAACCCAGGGGAAUGUAAAAAAUCCGACUUUUUAGGGGUGCUCAGCUCAUAAAAAAUGUGACCAGUAGGCUAGAGGUCCUUGCAUGUUUUCAGUACUCCUACCUAACCCCACAUUUCAUUAAAUAUCAAAAAUAUUUUCUCACAACAAAAGUCACAUGAGUUGUACACCAAAAAUCAGCCCCAAGAUGUUUUUGAUGAAACCUGGAAUGCAUUAUUUUUGCAGAAGUAUUUAUUUCCUAUAGGUGCUAUUGAUAGUCAGUUAUCAUGUUUACGCUACCUUACCAGCCAUUCAGCAUCAUAGUAAGUGCUGCUUAUUGUCUUACAAAUUUUUUAACACUAUUACCUUAAUAAUAAGGUAAUUUUGAAAAAUUUUAUUGCUCUAUUUUUACAUAAAACUUGGUAAACACGGAUAAAACAUUCCCAUCUACAGCCCUUAUGCCCCAGAUCUCUCUAAGGUUGUAAUAACCACCGGAGCAACUUCUACAGAAAUCACUGGAGGCUAAUGCCACUACUAUAGCCACCUCAUACAAACAAACUUCAAAAACCCUGAAAUAUCCCUUUAAUAUUAGACUGGAAACUACUUUACAACCAGUCAUUGUGUUGGUGAGCAAGCAAGAGAUCUAAACCAUCUGUCUUACAAGAUUAUAAAUUAGAAUUAGAUAAUAAUCCAGACUAAAGCUCAAAAAUAAAAUCAUGACAUCUUGAAGGUCAAAUUUCCUUAUAUUUCAGGAAAGCUAAGAAAAAAUUGGUUGGGGGGGGGCUUCAAAAAACGGUCUGAAAUUGCCUUUGGGUUAACCACUUUUUUAUGAAAGCUGCUGCUCGCACCCUGGAGCUGAUACAGUGCCUAUAAAAAUAAUCACCCCCUUGGAUGUUUUACCCUUUUAUUGAUUUCAUAAAUCAGUCAUUGACAAUGUGAUUUUUUUUUUUCACAAAAUAAACCAAAAAACAA